GAGCCUGUCAUUCACCAGCCCAUCCCUGUACGACCUGGUCUGCCCACUCGGAAAAGCAGCGGACCCCUGGUAGUCCCUCGUGAUAGCUCAGCAGUCGGCCCUCUGGAACCCGACUUUGGUCCAGAUGAUGUACGGGCAAUGAGUCCCAGGCGAACAAGCGAGGACCUGGAUAGGAUGGGCAAGGAGGCCCGGGACGAGAUGAAGAGACACGCCAAGGCGUUGCAGGAUUCGCUGCUCACGAUUUUCAACCGUAUCGAGGCCGUACGCGAGGAGCACGACAAACUUGACAACAAUAACAAGUUUCUGCAAAAGUAUAUCGGCGACCUCAUGAGCACCAGCAAGAUUACAGCCUCGAGUAGCCGCAAGAAGUGA